AUGUCUUACUCAGGAUACCCUCCGUACGGCCAACCCCCUCCGCAACAAGGGGGUUACUACCAGCAACCACCGCCCGGCCAGCAAUACGGCGCUCCUCCUCCUCAAGGCCAGUACUAUCAACAGCCCCCUCCCCAGAGCUACGGACAGCCUCCCCCCCCUCAACCAUACGGUGCCCCCUCGCCCCAGCCAUAUGGCGCGCCAUCACCACAACCAUACGGCGCUCCCCCACCCGCCCAGCCAUACGGUGGUCCUCCACCUGCCCAACCAUACGGCGCUCCUCCCCCGGGCCAACCGUACGGCGCUCCUCCUCCGCAACCGUACGGCGCGCCCUCCCCGGCUCACCAAUACCCUGCUCAAGGUGCUUACGGCGCUCCUCCUCCCCAGCAAGGAUACGGUCAACCCCCACCACCUCAAGGCGCUUACGGUCAACCUCCUGCCCAGUACACACAGUACGGCCAUCAAUAUCCCCCGACACCUGCCUCGCCAGGCUAUGGCCCCCCUCAAAUCAUCGCUUGGAGCCCCGAUGCCGACGCUCAGGGCUUGCGGGCCGCCAUGAAGGGCUUUGGCACAGAUGAAAGAGCUCUAAUCCGCAUCCUAGCCAACAAGGAUCCCCACCAGAUCCGCACCCUCCGCGACGCCUACAGCCGAAUCCACCGUCGCGAUCUCGAAAAGGAUAUCAAGAGUGAAGUUUCCGGUUGGUUCGAGACGGGCCUCAUCUCCAUCGUCCGCGGCCCUCUCCUUCACGAUGUCCACCUUUUGCGCGAUGCCAUGGCUGGUAUUGGCACAAAGGAGGCGGUUCUGAACGAUGUCUUGCUUGGCAGGUCAAACGCCGAUAUGAACGCCAUCAAGAGUGAAUAUCACCGCGUGUUUAGAAGGCGUCUUGAGGAUGAUGUCAAGGGUGAUUUGAGCAUGAAGACGGAGAGGCAUUUCAUGAUUGUGCUGGGGGCGACGAGGGCGGAGGACUCGGUGCCGGUGGUGAAGAUGGAGAUUGAUAGGGAUGUGAAUGACCUUUACAAUGCGACCGAGGGCAAGGUCGGGACGGAUGAGAUGAAGGUGUGCAGUAUUUUGAGCACGAGGAACGACAACCAGAUUCGGGCUAUUGCGUAUGAGUACCAGCAGAAGUAUGCUAGGAGUUUGGAGGAUGUUAUUCGCAGGGAAUUCUCUGGACACAUGGAAGAUGCUCUUCUUUUCCAGCUUCGGCAGGGACUCGACAAGUACAUGCAUCAUGCUGCGCUCCUUGAGGAUGCUAUGGCUGGCGCUGGGACCAAGGACCACCUUUUGACCAGCCGCAUUAUCAGAUAUCACUGGGACCGCACUCACAUGCAGAACGUGCGCGGUGCCUACGAGAAGAGAUAUCACAGAAGUCUCGUUAGCAGAGUCAGGGGUGAAACCAGUGGUGAUUAUGAGAGGCUGUUGCUCGCCUGUCUUGGCGAGGCUGUUUAA